AUGAUAUCGAACGAUUCAUUUAUCAGUGAUGACGAGGAGGAGUAUUGUCCAUUAUGUGUCGAGGAAAUGGAUAUCUCCGACAAAAACUUUAAACCUUGUCCCUGUGGAUACCAGAUUUGUCAGUUUUGCUACAACAACAUCAAACAAAAUCCUGAAUUGAACGGCAGGUGUCCCGGGUGCCGGAGAUUGUACGAUGACGAAAGUGUCGAAUACAAAACAGUUAGUCCCGAAGAGUACAAGGUACUACAAUCAAAGAAGGAAAAACGCGAUCGCGAAAAGAAACAACGUGAAAAGGAGAAAAAGGAGUUGGACAUUGCUAGCAAAAAACAUUUAUCUGGUUUAAGAGUAGUGCAGAAGAAUUUGGUGUAUGUAACAGGAUUAAAUCCACCAUGCAAUCCAGAAGAGUUACAUGCAGUUUUACGAUCAGAUAAGUAUUUUGGACAAUAUGGUAAAAUUUCUAAAAUAGUAAUCAACAAAAAGAACCCUAAUCCCCUGAAUUCCGGACUUUCUUCACAUCAUAAUAAUAAUAACAACAACAACAACAACAAUAACAAUCAAAAUCCAGGACUUGUUGUUUACGUGACUUUUGCCAGGAAGGAAGAUGCAUUGAAUUGUAUUACAGAAUUAGAUGGAUCACUAUGUGACGGAAGAGUGUUGAGAGCUGCACACGGUACAACCAAAUACUGCUCAUCAUAUUUGCGUGGCCAUCCUUGUCCCAAUCCAAAUUGUAUGUUCUUGCAUGAACCAGGUGAAGAAGCAGACUCAUUUACAAGAAAGGAUCUUUCAACGCAACAGGGUAUCAAGAUGGGAAUGACAUCAAGACCGCAUACAACUUCAUUUGGCGAAGAAUCGUAUAUCUCACACCAUCAACUCAAUCAAAUAACCGAUGAUGAUCCCCAUCAAUCACAACAACAACUGCUGCAGCAACUGCAGCAACUGCAGCAACUGCAGCAACAGCAACAGCAGCAGCAGCAGCAACAGCAACAGCAGCAGCAGCAGCAACAGCAACAGCAACCGCAAAACCAAUUGGCAGCAGCAGCAGCAACAACAACUCAAAGUCAUUACGAAUCUGCGAGAGAGCAUUUGCCAGCUACAGCACAUUGGGCUAAUGUCGCAGGCACUGCAUCUGCAACCAAUUCUCCAACAGUCAAUAACAAUAUCCCAUUGGCCAAUUCCGCGGCAUUUCCAACCUUGGGCGAAAUAGCUCGUGAUCAUAAACAACAACAGAGAAAAGAAACAAAGUCUAGGGCCACUGGCACAAAGGGCUCCAAGGCUAACAACAACUCUAAUAACAACACCAGCACCGGCGCUACCAUCAUUACGCCUGAUGAUAUGGAUGUAGAUGACACUUCUGUAUUACAGUUUAUUGAACAGCUUGGCGAACAGUUGAAGAGUUUGGAUGAUAUCAAGUCUGUUAAAUUCAAAAAAUUGAGUACAAGUAAUAAAAUUCCGUUGUUUGCAUUUAAAGGUGAUUUUGGUAACGAUACAAAGUCCGAGGAUGAAAAAGUUAUUGCACGUCAAGUUAUAGAGAGGUUUUUAUUGAGACCUAUUAAGAAUUAUCAUUUAGCAUAUCAAAACCAUCCAAUAAUGCAGCAACAAGCCUUGUUGCAGCGCCAACAACAACAACAACAACAACAACAUCAAACGCCAAUUGUGGCAAUGGCGCAAAUGGUUCAAAAAUCAGAAGAGCAGCAAAAGCAAGCUCAGCAACAAUUAUUGUUGCUCCAAUUGCAACAGCAACAACAACAACAACAACAACAACAACAACAACAGCCCCAAAUAAACAUGAUUAAAUCCAGCAAUAGAAUUAACACGUCGACUCCACCACCACCAGGACUUUUCACUGGUAAAGUUCCUGGCAUUUCCAAUGAAGGACCUUUAGCAUCUUCUGGUCCCCUCAACCCACAAUCUUCAAGCUCUCAACUACUCACACAAUUAAUGAGUGGUAAAAAGUGA